UCGAAGCUAAGCAUCUGCAUCUUCCUGCCGAUCGACCAUCCAUGGCGAUGAAGAUGAAGACGAAGAAGGGAGGGACGGGGAGGAAGAAGAGGGACGAGAUGAAGCUCAUCCAGGACCCGGCCAAGCGGCAGGUGGCCUUCUCCAAGCGCCGCCCCACCCUCUUCAGCAUGGCCGGCGACCUCUCCGCGCUCUGCGGCGUCCACGUCGCCGUCGUCGUCUUCUCCCGCUCCGCGCGCGGCAACGCCUACGCCUUCGGCAGCCCCUCCGUCGAUGCCGUCCUCCGACGCUACCACCAAGAUGGCGGCCUCGAUAAGGAUUACGACGCUGCCGCCACUCUUGCCGUCCAUGGCGAGGACGAUGCUCGCGCUCUGGCGGUGUUGCGGCAGGAGCUGGACGACACCAAGGCGCGUGUGGAGGCGGAGAAGAAGCGCAUGAAAAAAGUCGAGGCGAACGUGGAGCGGGCCAUGGCGGCAAGGUCAACUGCGCUGUGGUGGCAGGCCGACGUCAAGGCGCUCGGGGCGGCGGAGCUGCCAGAGUUCGAGACGGCGCUCCGGCGGCUCAGGGACACCCUCCUCCGCCGGGUCGACGCGCUGCAGCUUCCAAUAGCAGUCUUUGACGCCACUGCACCGCUGGCUCGCAUGAACAUCUAAUCUACGAAGUAGUGGCUAACUAGCGAUGCCUAGUUUCUUGAAAAAUGUAUU